GUGAAAAAUCCUAAAAACUACAAUAAAAACACUGCCCACUAUUCAGAGUUUAGUGAUGUUUAUUCAAUUAAACUGCGUUAGCUACACUCUUUGUAAUGGAAUGUGACUCUGAAAUGUGGUUCUUUGCCACGUUCUGGAGAAUAUGUAUUAAAGAAUUCUCCAAGAUAAUGUCAAGUCACCUGCCUGUGCAAAAAAGUCGACUCUUAGCACUCCAACAAAGUUUACUUAAUGAAAAAGUUAAAACAAUAAGACACUUAAACUUUUGGAAUGGUCAAUCAAAGUCAUGGCCUACAACCUUUCAAAAUGCUGUGUCUGAAAAUGUGUCUGAAGCACUUUAAUGCUUAAAGGUCUACAAAUGUCACUGCACUGAAGCGGAUCUGCAAGUAGGAGUGGGCCAGAAUUCCUCAGAGGAAUUGUAAGAUAUUAAUAAACAACUACUGAGAGUGUUUGGUGGCAAUUAGUGCUGCUAAGGGAGGUGUAACUAGGCUUUGGAAGGAAUCACUUUUUCACACAGGAGGAUCAGUUGUUCAAAAGAACAAAAUGUCCAACAUUGUGAUUUUCUUCUUCAGGGUCGCUUUCUUGAAUUAUUGGGUAUACAUUUUGGAACAACUCGGCCAGUUUGCUUUUGUUUGCAUGUUAGUUACUGAAUAGGGGUGGAACAAAAUUUUGAUAUCUUAAUAUUUAGGAUAUGCAGGAUCAUUUUUGUCUGAAAUACAUUAUCGAUAUGUGGUGUCAGAUAUCAAUAUAUUUUUUUUAAACACAAUGAUUUGACUUACUAGAGACAAAUUCUGUAAAUACAGAACAAUACAAAAACAGUACACCAAUAAAUAAAGUAUUUGCUUUUUUAGGAGUAUCAUAUCCUCUUCAGUAACACACAGAUAGCAUGAAGUAUUAAGGAUUCACAGUAUUGUAAUAUCACCAGCAAUGCAUCAAGGGCAAUAUAUCGUGAUAAUAUUGUAUUGUGAAGCCUAUCACUAUCACCAGGAAUCACAGAUGUAUUGUCUGUAUUUUAACAGAAAGGAGGAUUAUAAAUUGAUUAGAUAAACAGAAGGACUAUAGUCAGUAAUUACAGAGCUUGAGUGCUGCUACAAAAAGCUGACAAAUGAGCAACGAGUGUAAAAACAAGGGGGUGUUCACACAAUUCUGGCUAGACUGUGUGUAAACUAUAGGGAAGCCUGCUCAGUGGAAGUGCCCGAAUGCUGGGUUUCCCUGCCCUGUGCAGUCAGUCUAGUGCUUUGAAUAAUUCACAGGCUGUUUUGCCCCUUCCUAAACUCCCGUAAUCACCCUGUUUAAAGGUUUCAUCAAUACCGUGUCCGAGAUCAUUAAGUCCUACACUGAUCAUGGGUGCAUUUACAGACAUCCAUUACAGCAGCAAGAGUAAUAUCUAUCUCUCUCUCACUCUCACUCACUCAAACACUCACACAGCCAUUUUCUCCUGUCUCUGCAGCCACAUAUAAUUACCAAUUUUCUGGCCUUUUGUGAACACAACCCAUCCUGUCAUAUAAUACUUGCAGCUUGCUAAACUGAAAAUGUUCCCUGCAGGUGUGGGAGACUACUUACUCAUAUCUCUGCAUGCAGUUCUUCUAUAUGAAGUUGCCUCAGGGAAAAAGAUAUAAAAGUACACCACCAAGGGGAGAGACACUGUUAAGGACUGAUCAUUAUAGAGCAGAUAGUGAACAGUGCUUGCUAAAUACAGUAUGUGAAAUAUUGUUUGACAAGGAGGAAUUUAAAGCAUUUCUUAAAUGUAUAUUCUUAAACAUACUCUGACUUGCCACUAGGAGCUAGUCCUAUGACUUUUGCCAUGUCCUACGGAAGCUAAGCAAGGCUGCAUGUGAUUUCUGCUAGAGUUGCUUGUCUGCUCGCAAGGACAAUUCUAGGCAGAUGCCACAUGCCACAAUCAUUACCAACCACUGAUCUGGCCACUGUGGGUGGUAAUGCCUUCUACGCCAUUUUCCCGGUACACCAGUAGACUGUGGCUCAAAGAAUGUUGAAUGCCUGCACAACUUCAGAAAUGCAAUGUCCCCUCCAUUCGGCACCCACUAUCAGACCUCGCUCACAUGGCGUUAUAAUUCAUGUUGCCUUGCCACGUGCACACUUAUAACUAGGACUGCCCUAAUGAUUCUAUUGGUAGUCAAUUAAUCUGGUGAUUAUUUUUUUCGAUUAGUUUCAAUAAUCAACAUUGUCGAUUAUAUCGACUAAUCGCUGCAGCCCUACUAACAGCUUGUACAGAUAUGGCCAGCACUCUCAAGCCAUCCCGAGAUAACACCUUAUGAUCAAUUUGCACACUGCUCUCCCGUGAUUUCUGGCAUGUCAGUGUAUAGUGUAUACUGAUACAUACUGAGGUGUAGAUGAUUUCUUCAGCACAUUAGGACUAGCAAUCUGCUUUAAAACUGCUUUAGUGACUUAGUUUUCUUGUAGUUUCCAAAUAAAUAAUUUGGUAUCUAUUGGCAAAUAACUAAAUACCAACCCUUUUCCCAUUUGGGAGAAAUCUAUUUUUCCUUACAAUUAUUACAUAUUUUAUUGUUCAUGAAUAGAGAAAUGUAAGUCUUAAUGAAGCAUAUUUUAGUUUUCUAAUAUAGAAACAAAUAAAUUUUUUUUAAGGAUUUUCUUUUUUCUUCUAACCAAACCAUUUGUAGAAGAGGUUUGUGUGUAAAGAACCUUUAAAUUGGAAACGAAUCUUAAAAAUGAUCUUUUACCGGUAUUGGUUCUUCUAUUUCAUUGAUUACAGAACCAUUAGCAGCACCUUGUAUUUUUAAGAGUGUACUUAUACUCUGAAGAAGCUCAUUAAAUUGUUGUGCAUCACUUAACAUAUGCCAAAUGAGAGCAUACUCACUCAAUUCAAAGUUAUUUACUUUUUUUAUUUUUUUUGCCUCCGCAGUUCUUCUUUCUCUAUCUAUGAAGGAAGUUUGCAGUGUUGUUUGCAGACAUAUGGGAAAUGAAAGCGAUGCCUCAUUAAAAAGUCUCGUCACUGUGGAGCUCUUGCACCAGCCUCGGAUGCAGCUAGCUGUGUCAGACCUGUUUACUUAAGUUAUUUGAAUAUUGAAUAAUUUUCCGGAUUCACAAAGAAAAUGAGUCUUAUCAGCCUUAUUCUAGUACAGCUCAACACAAACCUAAAUGGAUCUGACUGAAAAGAGGGUGCUGGAAUAUGAUGAACAUCCUAACAGCCACGUUGGGCUGGACAAUAAACAAAUAUCAAUAUAUAUGACAAUGGAUCAUCAAAGUGCUGGCUUGUAAAACCCUGAGGGAACAGAAAAAGAAAGGUUUGAAAACUCAUAUCUGUGCAGAAAGUAACUCAAAAACAUUUUGUGCUUUCCUGUGCCAAGCUUCAUUGCCAGAACUUGAUCCAAAGGAGUGACACAAUGCUGAACUCUGCCAAGAGUAAUUCUGGAUGGGAGAAAAGGAGGAUAGAUUUUGGCAUGAAUCAGAAAUAAUCCUUUAGAGUUUUUUGUACAUAUUUCACAAGAGUCCCCAGCCAUUUUUAUUCAAGAUGUUUCUGUGCCCAGGUACAUCCAUGGGGCCUUGUGGCUAAGGCAAUGAUGUUAAGGGGACUAGUGCUCAUAGAAGCAUUCCCAGUGCACUCAUAAGGCCUCCUCCCCACAUUCUAUGGAGGCAGAGCAUAGCCGGCCGGCCGAUGGGGAGCGGUCUGAUGGACAACAGCAGCCUCUGUCUGAACCUUUACGUAGGGCUGGGUUGCCUCAGCCACAAGAACAGGCUACCUCACAGCCGAUCCAUGGAUCCCAUGGCCGCCAACAAUACAGACAGCCAAAACGUAGUGAUAUGCUCCAAAGACAGCAGCAACAGCAGUCUCAGGUACGGGAAUCCUCCUGGCAACUUCCAGAUGUCCCAGGUCCCUCUAGAGGCAGCUACUCAUCAUCCUCUCUUGACCCCACUACCCAGGUGUCUCGUGUUCACAGGACUCCAUCUCAGACCAGUCAGGAAGUACAGGAAGGUGGUACCGCAUCUAGACGGGAACGUAAGCCCCAAAAACCAGGGAAGUAUGUGUGCCCAUACUGUGGCCGGCCAUGUGCAAAGCCAAGUGUCCUCCAAAAACACAUCCGCUCACAUACAGGAGAGAGACCGUAUCCAUGUGUCCCCUGUGGCUUCUCAUUCAAAACUAAAAGUAACCUGUACAAACAUCGUAAAUCACACGCCCAUCGAAUAAAAGCAGGCCUGGCAUCUAGCCGCGAAGAGCACAGUUUUAGUGGAGUUGAGAGUGGAACAGUUGGAGAUGAGCAAGAGGAAGCAACAGAAGCCGAAAGCACAGAUUCUGAGGAUGAGACUGGUCGGCGUCGGCCAUCUACCUCUCAAGACAGGCCAGCUCUGAGGAAAAGCUCCAAGGUUGAACUGUCAUUCUCUGAAGAAGGACCAAGAACAGAAGACUCACAAGCAGUUAAACAGAGGUUAGCCAUGCGACUCAGUGAGAGAAAAAGAGGCCCCAUGGCCUCACCAGAUGAGACACCAUCAUCCUCACUGGGUCCUGGCAGUAAAGGCAGCACUGAAUCUGGCUACUUCUCAAGCUAUGGGAGUGCUGAGCUCUCUCAAGUGAGUCCUCCUAAUGCCAAUGCUAAAUCUUAUGCUGAAAUUAUUUUGGGAAAGUAUGGAAGAUUGGGUCAACAACAGAGAAUUUCAAACCAACAAAUACAGUUAUCAUCAACCUCUUCAUCUUUGGGUCAAGAGGAAAAAUCCAUUCCUUUCAAUGUGCCUAAGACACAAGUAAUUGAACACAUUACAAAAUUGAUCACUAUAAAUGAAGCAGUAGUUGACACAAGUGAAAUUGACAGUGUCAAACCAAGGCGUUCUUCUCUUUCCAGAAGAAGUAGCAUUGAGUCCCCCAAGUUUUCUUCACCCAAAGAUCCUUGCGUUUUUGAUCCAAAGGGAGACGUGCCAGGCCCUAGUGGCAGUACUGGACAAAUUGUUCUCAGUAAUCUUGCAGCUGAAAGGCAGCAUCCUCAGUUAGUGGAAGACACACAUGUCAGUGAGUGUUCCACCGCUGUUUUUUUGAGAAGUCAUUCAGUGCCGUCCUGUGGUGGCCAAGAUGCCCCACCUAGCACAUCUUCACACGGCUUUCGCCUCAGCCACUCUUUUGACGAGCAGCAGGCUGCAGCAGCUGAAAUGAGAGUCGGCCAUCCUCAUCGAAUGUUACGACGCCAACCAGCCAUUGAGAUGCCAAUGGGAGCUGACCUUGUAGCAGAAGCUGGUCCUUCUUCUUCAUCUCUGACUGAAACAGGGUGGAAGUGUGAUAUUUGUGGAACUUUCUUAAAGAAACAGGAUAGUUAUGCAGCUCACAGAGUUUUCUGUAUGAUUAAGCCUUCACACGAGCAGCAAAGUGAGAAGGAAGGUAGUCCUGUACGAGAAAAUCGGCCACAAAUGAUGCACUAUAAGUUCAAGGCAAUGGCAAUGGCAGUGCGAAAACGAAGAAAAGAAGAAAGUCUUGAAGAGGAUCCUCCCAGUCCAGGGCCAGCUGCUGUGUCCUUUAACAUCCAGCCGGCAGCAUCAAUGAUGGCAACUAAAAGUGAUUUUGAAGGCUUCUCAGGGCCUAUUUCAAAAACUGAGCCAGAGAAAAUGGGGCCAUAUAAAGAAAUCUCUGUAAUCCAGCAUACCAGCUCAUUUGAAAAGCAGGAAAGCAUGUCCAUGGAGAGUCAGGAAUCAGAACUUGAACAUGAACAAUCGCAGGAGCCAAAACAAACUUCUACAUCCAGGUUAGUUCGACAGCCCAACAUUCAAGUGCCAGAGAUCCUGGUGACAGAGGAACCAGAUACUGAAAUGGUCUCACCUCCAGCAAGUACAUGCAUCCCCAAAGAAUUAGAGAAGGAAGAGUUCCAGUGGCCUCAGCGUAGUCAAACUCUGGCACAGCUUCCUGCCGAGAAACUGCCACCAAAGAAAAAACGACUGCGUUUGGCAGAGGCUACCCAGUCAUCAGGUGAAUCUAGCUUUGAAUCGACCUCUCUACCACGCAGCCCAAGCCAAGAGAGUAAUGUUUCCCACACCUCUAGCCGAUCUGCUUCUUUUGAUGAACCAGGGAAGCCUGAAUCUGAGAUGCAGACUGGUAUGUGGAGUUCUCAAGGGUCCCACAUGCUGACUGUACCGGGUUCUUAUCAACAUCAUCAAUCUCAAAGGGAAAUGCGUCGCUCUGCUUCAGAACAGGCUCCUGCAAGUCCUCCAUAUCCUGAGCAAAUAGUGGAGACUCGAAGUAAGUCAUUUGACUAUGGAUCCUUGUCACCAAAACCUACUUCUACAUCUUGGAAGGAGAGGCGAAAAUGUCUCUUGGUGAAGCAUGCAACUCUUGGGAAGCCUGAGCAGGAGGAAACUUCUUCUGGUUUGCAAAAUAUUCCAGUCGUGUGCCAGUCCUAUCCUGGCUAUCCUGCCCUCUCAGUUGGUGACCACAGAACGAGCAACAUUUCUAGUCUUAACCCAGAGACUCUGGGCAAAACUUUGCAGCUUUUCCAACCCCCUCUUCCUUUUUCAACGACAGUUUACCCCCUGACAGGCUCGGAUACUUUUACUCCUCGGCAUCUGACAAGAUUCCUGCCAGUCACAACAACCAUAUCUGAAGUUAUUUCCAGUCAUAUGUUUCAACAGGCUCUUAUACAUGCUGGACCAUCUCAACUUCAUCCAAGACAGAUCCAUUUAGCAGAGCGCUUUGUCCUUCCGCUUCAGCCCUACCCUACGUUGCUUCCCUUGCAGUACCCAACUAGCAGUGGCCUAGCCAUCCAGGUCCCUUCAGGUCCACCUGUCAGGGAGUCUAGGUCAUCUCCUUCCACUGUACAUGGUCCCUCAUAUCACCAGCUUGUCGCACACCAAAAACCUCGCCCCAUCAUUGCGACAUGCCUUGAGCAGCUCACACCAGUGGUGUCACUUGUGGUGCCUGUGCGUUUACAGACUCAUAUUCCUACAUAUGCUAGUGCCAUGUACACAACCAUCUCCCAGAUUUUAGAAACAACACGGCCUCAGCAGCCAAUCUGCUGCACAGCAAUGGUCAUUAUGGGAAAGCUGGAGAGCAGCAAACUUCAACGAUCCUACCUUAGGCUCCCCAGUCCUGAUCUGAAGACUUCUAUACCCAUGUCCCUGCCUCUGGAAUUUGGAUCAGAAAGCGCAUCCGAUGAAAGCUCUGGACCACUUGUUGCUGGGGGAAGUAAACGGAUGCUUUCUCCAGCAGGUAGUCUUGAACUCACCUUAGAGGCACAGCGUCACCAGAAACGAGUCAAAGAAGAAGACGAAGAGGUAGAUGAACAAGAAGAAAAGAGGAAAGAUGAUGAUGAUGAUGAUGGUGAUGGUAAAAGAGGUGGGAAAUCUCUGGACAGGGGUCAAGGAACAGAAAAGGAAACGACAACAGCAGGGCUAAAAUGGAAAAAAGAACAAGAGAAAGAAGGACAGAAAACAGAAGAGUUGCAAGAAUCUAUGGUCAACACACUUGAGCUUGUCCAAAUGGCAGCUGGACCUUUUAAAAAAGAGGAAAAGAAAGAAGAAGGCCACAAAAGUCCAUCAGCAGUUGAGAUUACAGAGAGAUCUAGAGACCCCUUGUACCCCAGCCUUCACACCACCACGUCGGUGAGCUGGUGCUACCUGAAUUACACCAAGCCCAAUCCAUCUGCUCACAGAAAUCCACAAACAUCAGUUUAUUCGUCCUGGAGUGUCAGCAUGUAUAACCCCAAUCUGCCUGGCCUGUCCACCAAAACGGUACUUUCACUGCUGUGCUCUAAGCAAACGUAUAGCUCCGAGAUGUAUACCAUGGCCACAGCUCCACCUCUGACAACGGAGAAGCUGGUCCCUGCUAGCGACGAGAAGCCCAUGGUAUCAGAGGUAUGUGCCAAACCACCCAACACAACUGACAAAGCGAAAGAAGAGCCUGUGACUAAGAGAGCGGAAAAAGAGGAGAAAGGUACAGAGGAGGCUCCCACCACCUCCAAGCAGAGUGAGCCACCCCGAAUUUGCAUCUUUGAGGGAGGGUUCAAGUCGAAUGAGGAGUACGUCUAUGUGAGGGGGAGGGGGCGGGGGAAGUAUGUGUGUGGUGAGUGCGGGAUCCGCUGCAAAAAGCCCAGCAUGCUGAAGAAACACAUCCGCACUCACACAGAUAUCCGCCCCUACGUCUGUAAGCACUGCAACUUUGCCUUCAAAACCAAAGGAAACCUCACCAAACAUAUGAAGUCGAAGGCACAUGGGAAGAAAUGCCAGGAAAUGGGAGUGUCCGAAUCAUCCAUAGAUGAGCUGGAGGCUGAGGAAGCAGGGACCAGUGAGGAGCAAGUAUGUGAGUCAGAAGAUCAGGACGAGCACCAGUUCUCUGAGGCUGAAGACUCUGAAGAUGAUGAUGAAGAGGAUGACAAUGAGGAGGAAGAUGAUGAUGAAGUCUCUUCCCGAGAAGAUCCAUCGUCCUGCUCUACAGACACCCGUCACUCAGACAGUGGUCAGGGCUCACAAGCUGAUCCGCCCACACCUGCCGCUCCAGAUAGAGAAGAACAUCCUUCUCCGUGCCGUCCAUGGAGCAGCGGAAGUGUCUCAUCGCCAGGCAGCAAGAGGGCACUGUUUUCCCGCAAAGGCUGGGAGCUUUCUCCCAGAGCUUUCUCUCCUGCAAGUGAAGGCUCACCUCUCAGGAGUCUGUCUCCCAGGCUGGAACUGUCCUCACCGAGUCGACAUCUCUCUCCCUCCCCGGAAAGAGGUCCUUCUCCUAUCCAAGCCUCUCCCGUCAGACCUCUCUCUCCUCUCCGGCCACUUUCUCCUGCCCGCUACAGGAGCUCGAGAGCCCCCUUCUCACCCACGCCGCUCAGACCCCAGCACAGACCCCACAGCUCCCCUGCACAGUUCCACUGGGACUCCAGCACUCAGGCCAGAGAGAGCCAACAGGAGAGACCCGGUACUCCAGCUACUCCAGGUGCCUCACAGGCUCCACAGAGGCUGAGCUCACCGCAUCCCAGCCUGUUACCCCCAGCCCUCCGUCUCUCUCACACUGAUCCUGCUCCCCACCUCCCAGUCACCCCAAGAACUAUGGACCGCAUGUUCAGCCACCUUCCCUUACACUCCCAGGACCAAGCCCGCAUGCCUUACCAUAUGAUCCCUAUCGGAGGAAUCCAAAUGGUGCGGCUUAGGCCCAGGACUUGUCCCAAACUGGAGCGAAGUUCAUCCUCCACCCCAUCACCCACAUCUCCCAAAGAGGAUUUCCUUUUCUCCCUGAGCAGGCAGGUCCCAUCAUGGAGCUCCCACCCUGAAACAAGCCAGCAAAGCACUCUGGCAGUUAGUGAGACGCAGAGCCUGGGGAGGGAAGCCAGGCCAGCAGGGCUGGAAGUUCCUGCAAGCAGCUCCACAUUAGCCAAAUCAUCUCCACAACACGGCCACGGGGAGUCGAGGGAAAAAGACAGAAAGCUACACGGCAGCUCACGUCCCUCUAAGACCCGUGCCAUUGUCCAUCAGACAUCUCAAGAAGUCGGCCAAGAUAAGGGUAAAAGCACCAAGAAGAGCCCCGGCUUUGCUGGGAAGGAAGUUCAGGCCAGUUCACACAGAACUAAACCGCUUUCAGAGCCGGACGCUCCUAAAGAAGGCCCAUCCAAAAGGCAUGACUCAAAAACGGAGGAGACUGCAGGAGAAAAAUCUGCUUAUCCGGCUCAGAGCCCGGAUAGCAAACCAGACAGCACUUAAUAGCCUUUGUGCUCAAUGUUUAAAAAAAAAUGCUCUUGAUUGCUACUAUUACUAAUGUUCCUUUUGUUUUUGUAAUGCUCUUGUUUUUUUAUACAACUUUUCAAUACUGUUGGUAACUUGGUAAAUGUUUGUUUUUGCAAAAUUCAAGAUUGUAAUAAGAUGCACUUUUUUUGUUUGAACAAAACAAUGUUUCUGUAAAUCUAUCACUUCUGUCCCACCUGUAUCUUUACUGACAUACAAUCAAUCUUAAGGUAUCUGUUUCAACAUGUACAUGUUUAAAAUUAACUAUGAUUAUGAAUAAAUUUAUAAAUGACCAAGGUGAAUACUUAAACCAAGAGUAAUUCCAAUAUCUUGUCCCUUGUUCAGUAUUACUCAAAAUAUAGUUACGUGUGCCUUUUCUGUCAGAAUUUACCGCUUGAAGUAUAGACAAAGAUGAAAGGCUGUGAAUUAUGUUAUUAAUAUAUAAUUUGUUCUGUGUUUUGGUGGAGUUGGUGUUUGCAAAUUUGGGAGGCGUAAUCAUUUGUUUGUUUGAUUUUGUUUGUUUGUUUGUUUGUUUUUUCUUACGUCAGGGUAAAAGAAAAAGCAGUUUGUACUGAAGACAGAGCUGAAGGAGAGAUUUAGAGAGGUUUGCGACAAAUUGCACUGAAGUCAUAUUUUUUAUAUAGAAAAAAAGAUAUGGAAUUAUGUCUGUACAGGUAAGAAAUCUAUGGUCCAUAUUUAUUACAAUGUGAUAAUAUGAAAUAUGUUUAAAGUUUUUUGUUUACUUUAGUUUUUCUCAAGUAAUUUUUAUUGCAAUUUUUAUUCUUUACACUUUUGUUUAGUACUUUUCUGUUACGUUCUGACGACUUGAAUUAAAGAAACUGGACAGGGUGACGGUGAAGUUGGGUAACAGCUGUGGGGUUGGGUGGAUCAAAAGCCUUCCGAAUUUGUCACAGAUACCUAUAAUUUCUGAACCAAUAAAGGUGCACAAGGAAUUACAGAA